GGGGCUCGCUGCCGCCGCCGGCUGCCGCCCGGCAUGAAAAGUUCCCGGCCGCAGGAUGCGCGGCGCGGCGCAUAUGGAUUAAGUGACCCCUCUGACAAGUUUAUGGAGCUGCCACCUCUCUGCUUGCUGUACUUUUCAUUUCUGGGAGGAGAAAGCAGUGUAUGAGAUUAGAGGAAAAUGCCUCGGACGAAGCAGAUACAUCCCAGAAAUCUCAGAGACAAAAUUGAAGAAGCACAAAAACAACUUAAUGGAAAAGAAGACCAACAAAGAGAAAUCACAGAUUCUGGUACUAGAGGAAACCAAGAUACAAUUAAGGGCGUGAAAAGAAAAAAAAUCGUGACUGAAAACCAUCUAAAAAAAAUACCAAAAUCGCCUUUGAGAAACCCUACGGAAGCCAAGGUUAAACAAAAUAUAGACCCUUCACCUCUGAAAGUUCUUCAGGAUGCCUCAGAACAUGCCACAGCACAAGAUCACUUACCUGUGCAAAAUGGAAAUCAGUGCACCAAACAAAAUGGGGGAGUGCUUAGUAGCGAGAUAAGCACUGAAACCAAAUCUGAGAUACCAAUGCGGACAAAGCUUUCAUCAACACAUCAGUCCUUAGACUUGAAUAAGAAGGCAGUGGAGGAUUCUGAUGUGAACCAGCUAAGCUUGCCAGAGAAGAAGUCUCUCUCCAAGUCCUUAUCAAGUAAAACAAAGACUGACAGUAAUGAAUGUAUUACUUUUGCUGAUGGUAGUACAUCUUCCCCAUGUACACGUACUGCUUUUGAUGUCUUAUUAAAAGCUAUGGAGCCUGAACUGAACACCUUAGCACAAGAGUGUCCCCCUUACGGAAUGCAGGUAGAGAAACUGAGACCAAAUAAAACUGUAAGCACCUCUGCUAGUCUCGUGUCCAAUACAGUGAGCAUCCAGAAUCAGUCUGCUUUGUCACAGAAUGAGUUUGCUGCUGGACCUCGUUAUUUCCCAUGUACAUUAAACAACAUGCAUGUAGCAACAGCAGCCAAGAGCGGACAAGCACAGGUCCAGACCAUUUCUCCUUCGCAGGAUCUUGUUACUAAAACCAGUCAACAAAAUCACCAGGUUGUUGUGUGUCCAAGUUUCACUGGAUCUGUGGUGCAGCAGCAGAGCCAAGAAAACCCCAAGCUCCAGCAGAUAUACAGCAUAGCAGUAACUUCAUCUGGCAUUCACACUUCAUCUUCCACAGUAACUCAGGUUUUUCCUCAAAACCAGUUAGUAACAAGUUCAUCUUCACCUUUGUCAAUUAACACAUCUAGUUCAACACAUUUGUCUAUAGGUCCCGUGUAUAAUUCAGCCCAGAUAGCAUCAGUUGUAAACCAUGGUGUAGAACAAAUAUGUAACCUCCUGAAAGACCAGAAGCCUAAAAAGCUAGGGAAGUAUGUCUGUGAGUAUUGCAAUCGGGCCUGUGCCAAGCCCAGUGUUCUCCAAAAGCACAUCCGAUCCCAUACUGGAGAACGACCUUAUCCUUGUGUGACAUGUGGAUUUUCAUUUAAAACCAAAAGCAAUCUGUACAAGCACAAAAAAUCUCAUGCACAUGCUAUCAAACUUGGACUUGUCCUACAACCGGAAUCUGCUGGUCUCUUCUUAUCCCAUGACUCAGACAAAGCACUUAGCAUUAAUUCAGACGUAGAAGAAAGUGGUGAAAGUGAAGAUGAAGGUACUGCUGAUGAAAGACAAGACGAUCAGGAACUGGAACCUGCACAAAUAGUGAAAGUCAUUUCAAGUGCAGAAACGUUACAGAAAGAAAGCCCUAUUCCACUAAGCAAUCCAGACUGCAUACCAGGUGAUUCUUCAUUACACGAUACAGAACCGCAAGUAAGGGCAGCUUUGCCAAAAGUAGUAGUUCACCCUGUAAGUGUUUCUCCAUUAAGGGCUGACAGCCCCAAAGUAAAAGACCCAACACCUGAGCUUGCAGCAACACAGAGAAAAGGAGAUUUUAAAGCAACAGAUCUUCAGUCAAAUUUAACACAUACAGCAUCACUCAAAGACAGUCACGUAAAGCAACAUCAGAAAACAGAAAUGGGCUCAUUAGAGGAGCAGCUGGGAUCUGCAGUAGGAGCAGUGCAUGCUCAGCUUCAGAGACAGCAGGCAACAGAUUGUUCCCAAGACCAGCAAGGAAAAUGUCUUUUGAGCCCUAGAAGUUUAGGUAGUACUGAUUCUGGUUAUUUCUCUCGUUCUGAAAGUGCUGAUCAAACAAUGAGCCCACCAGCUCCUUUCGUAAGAGGACUGCUGACCUCUGAGAAGGACUCAAAUAAGAGUUUGCCUUCUGCGCCACGAACAAGUGGAGUGGUGGCAUCAGUGGUGCAAACUGUUUGUGCUGAGAAAAAUUUGAUUCUUUCUGGCCAAAUGCGACCUCCCAUGGCAACAAAAACCCUCGAGGAGCGUAUCUCAAAGUUGAUUUCUGAUAAUGAAGCCGUUGUGGAUGACAAACAGUUAGAUAGCGUGAAACCAAGAAGAACGUCUCUUUCAAGAAGAGGAAGUAUAGAUUCACCGAAAUCCUACAUAUUUAAGGAUUCUUUCCAGUUUGAUUUAAAGCCCAUGGGAAGAAGAACUAGUUCGAGCUCUGAUAUACCAAAGUCUCCUUUCACACCCACUGAAAAAUCAAAGCAAGUUUUUCUUCUCUCUGUACCAUCUCUUGACUGUUUGCCUAUUACACGGAGUAAUUCCAUGCCUACUACCAGUUAUUCAGCAGUACCUCCAAAUGUAAUACCACCAUCUCAUCCACUUCGAGGAAGUCAGUCAUUUGACGAUAAAAUUGGUUCUUUAUACGAUGAUGUUUUUGUAUCUGGACCUGCUGCUCCACUGAACCAGGGUGGACAUCCUCGGACUCUUGUUAGACAGGCAGCAAUAGAAGAUUCUUCUACUGGUGAAAGCCAAGUUCUUGGACCAGCACGAUCUGUAGAAGAAGGUUAUCUGGGAUGUAAUUUAUCAAAUGACUCUUUAUUGCAGAGAAGCAAGUCCCUGGCUCAGGCACCAAGUUUAGAAAAAACAAAGAAGACCCCUCAGGUACGAGGAACAAUGUUUGAGUGCGAAACCUGCAGAAACAGGUAUAGAAAACUGGAAAAUUUUGAAAACCACAAGAAAUUUUACUGCUCAGAGUUGCACGGACCUAAAACGAAAGCAGCAAUUCGAGAGCCUGAGCAUAAAACUGUUCCGAAUAGUACACAGCCUCAAAUGCUGCACUACAGAGUCACUACUUCAACUGGUGUCUGGGAACAGACGCCCCAAAUAAGGAAAAGAAGAAAAAUGAAAAGUGUCGGAGAUGAUGAUGACCCACAGCAGAAUGACACAAGUAUGCCAUCAAAGAAUGCUGAAAGCCAAAGUAAGCCAGCAAAUUCUUCCAGUCUGUCAAAACACAGUGCAACAGUAUUAGGUUCACAACAACCAAGUAGCCUUUUACUUCAAAGUUCACAGAUUCAGCUUGUGGCUCAAGGCACAGAUCUGACUGCCGAGACAAAGAUGUCUCCGCUCGCUGAAAAGCAGACAAGUUCAGUUAUGCAAGAAAAGGUGGAAUUGAAAAGGCAAGGGACUGGCAUUUCAGUAAUACAGCACACCAAUUCACUGAGCAGAAAUAGCUCGUUCGAGAAAUCUGAAUCCUUUGAAAGAGUAUCACCAGUUUCAUUUCAAGAGCCCAACAAGGUUGCAAAACACCUCUCUUUGAACGCACUUGCAGUCCAAGAGGAUAGACACUCGCAUCUGGCUACUUCCCAGCAUCAUCAGCCACUGUCAUCGGAAGCAGCUAGAGGGGAAGUGCAGGGAAGCCAAAUAGUUUCUAAUGAGAGAAGCAUCCCAGUGCAACCAUCAAGACUUGUUCGCCAGCAUAACAUCCAGGUUCCUGAAAUACUGGUCACAGAAGAACCAGACAGGGACCAAGAAAACCAAUGCAGCGAUCAAGAAAAGACAGAAAGAUUUAACUGGCCACAGCGCAGUGAAACACUGUCUAAAUUGCCAACAGAAAAACUCCCACCAAAGAAGAAAAGAAUUCGCUUGGCUGAAAUGGAGCAUUCAUCUGCUGAAUCCAGUGUUGACUCCACACUUUCGAGAAGUCUGAGUCGAGAAAGUAGUUUGUCUCAUGCUUCCAGUUUUUCAGCUUCACUCGAUAAAGAUGAAAUUUCAAAGGUGGACAAUCCUUCCAAAACAGAGCUUGCUAAUAAGUCAGCAGAAUUCCUUAUGAUUCCUGCUGGCUCUCACAUUCUGGGCGUGCCUGGCCCUCAUUAUAGGGAAAUGAGGCGCGCUGCAUCAGAGCAGAUCAGCUGCACACAGCCCUCAAUGGAGGUAGACUACAGGAGUAAGUCUUUUGAUUGUGGAAACAUAUCUCCAUCAAAACCUGCCUCACUCACAGAGACAGCUGCUCCAAAACUGUCAUCUGGAAAUGGGGUUACUGGACAUGUGCCUCUGCUAGAAAGAAGGAGGGGGCCAUUUGUAAGACAAAUAUCUUUAAACAUUGCUCCAGAAAGUCAUCCAGUUAAAUCAACUUCUUCUUUUCAGACAGCCCAUGCUACUGAUGUGCCAUUUCACAGGCUGCAGACCUCCAGCAAAUCCUUGGUGAAGUUUCCUUCAAGUACUCAGCAUUCGCAAACACACUCAAGGCCUCACUCAGCAAUUCAAAAUUGCAAUCCAGGUAAUAUGUCUUUGGUUCAGCAGCCUCUAGAUCAUGUUUUGAAUAAUCAAGGACAAACAUCUUCAAUGCAUCAGCUUUCCCAGACCUCUACCAAAAAAUCAGCCCAAGGGGCACAAGUGAAUACGAACACACUGUCUUGUCAUCCUGAUGAGAAGAGAGAUUGCUUUGCUCCAAAAUAUCAGCUCCAAGUUAAAACAUUACAUAUAAGUCAGCCAUACUCUUCAAAAUUGCUAAAAAAUAAUCUAUCAAGUCAGUCCGUCUCAAGUCACGUUGGGGUGGACCAGAACAUGCCCUCUUUUGAGCUGCAGGCUAAACUAUCCGACAGUAUGUCUAACCCAUACUCUGUGCCUCCUCUAAAACAGAUUAUCCCUAACAACUGCAGCAGUCAGUUGCAUCAGAUGCCUCCUUUUGUAGUUCCUGUCCGUAUUCACAGUAGCAUGCCAUCGUAUGGCUUUGCAACUGUUACACCCCUUCCUCACAUUUUAGUGACUCAGGAUCAGGUAAGCCAAUCCGCUUGCAAAACAAAUGCUGUGACAUUGCCAACACUUGAAGGCAAAGCUCAGCUGCCAAAAUCUCACAAAGAUAAGAGGACUUUGCCAAAUUCAUUUGAAUUUGAAAAUCCGCUACCAGAAAGUGGAACCAGAAACUCACCUUUGUCAAGCUCUUUGAAUAUUAUUCAGAAAGUGCCAGUGAGUGGACUCUUCCCUCAACAAGAAGCUACGGCUUCAAGUAAACGAAUGCUUUCCCCGGCCAACAGUUUGGAUAUUGCCAUGGAAAAACAGCAGAAACGUGUUAAAGAUGAAAGUGGAGCUGCAUGCAUGACAGAAGCUGGGCCACUGCAUCCACUGAAUGUUCGAUCUAAUGACCCUAUUGGUAAGCAAAAGAAACCUGUUUUGGUGAGACAGGUUUGCACCACAGAACCUCUGGAAAAUCACCUCUUAGAUCCUGAUGGUGUUGCACAGCAUGAAAAAAGCAGCAAAGCCAGUACUUCAGACCUGCUGUUGCCUAACCGUCAUUCAUCUGAAACUGGUGUUUCAGAAACUCCGAAGGAAUCAUCAGAAUCAGAAGACCUUAAGUCUUCAGCAUCACCGGUGUUUGUAGUUAGAAAACCAUCUGAACCAUCUCCAGUGAGUAGUCAGAGCUCUGUUGGAAAGGCAGUAAGCAGCAGUCAAGAAAGAAGGUCCCCAGGUAAUAGUCAUGAGAGUGAGCUAAUUAAUAGCCAGGGCCAAGCAAAGCUACUGACUACACUAGCUGUGAUGAAUGCAGGAGAAAUGCAGAGGUUGUCAUUUCCAAGCCUCAAGACCUCAACAAGUUUUACCUGGUGUUAUCUCUUGAAGAGGAAACCACUACACCUGCUGCAAAAUGAUCAGAAGAUUUCAGCCUAUUCUACGUGGACCAUUAGUCCCAGCAAUCCCAAUCCACUAGGUUUGUCAACAAAGGUAGCUCUUUCUCUCCUCAACUCAAAACAGAAAGUGGAAAAACCGCUGUACACCCAAGCAAGAACUACUCAUCCCAGGUCGGAUAUACUGGUCUAUUCAAGCAAGUGGAAGAACAGCUUAACCAAGCGAGCGUUAAAUAGGAAAAAAAUAACUGCAUCUGAAUUCAGCAAUAAGGAAAGCUCCGAAUCGAGCACUGAGCAUGAUAAAGAAAAUUCCUUUAUCAAAAGCGAACCAAGAAGGGUGAAAAUCUUUGAUGGAGGGUACAAAUCAAAUGAAGACUAUGUGUAUGUCCGGGGGAGAGGAAGAGGGAAAUAUAUCUGUGAAGAGUGUGGAAUACGUUGCAAGAAACCCAGUAUGCUGAAGAAGCACAUUCGCACACAUACAGAUGUCCGUCCUUACCACUGCAAUUACUGCAACUUCUCUUUCAAAACUAAAGGAAAUUUGACAAAACAUAUGAAGUCAAAGGCACAUAGCAAGAAGUGCAUGGAUUUGGGAGUCUCAGUAGGCUUAAUAGAUGACCAGGAUGGAGAAGAAGAAUUUGGUGAGAAGCAAAGAUUGGGCUGUGAUCGGUCAGGGUUUGAUGCGGAGGAAUCCGAUGGUGCGGAUGAAGAUGAAAAUGACAAUGAAGAUGAUGAUGAAGAUAGCCAAGCUGAGUCAGUCCUAUCCACAACCCCCUCGGUGACGGCCAGCCCCCAGCAUCACCCCUCUCGACACAGCCUGCAGGAUGCCACAAGCGCUGAUGAGGACAGCAGACUGCCGGACUGCUUUGGUGGGAUUCACACGGACUCCAUGGAUGGUCUCCCAAAAGCACUGCUCACCAAGAUGACUGUCCUUAGCGCAGCGCAGUCAGUUAGCAGGACCUCCAGGUCACCAGCAGAGUUUACCCACCAGGAAGAAAACGAGGACAAAGCCCAGGAGAGAGGAGCUGGUCCCCACAGUGCGGGUACUGCACUGGCGGACUCUGCUCCUGCUUCUCCAGGUCGCCAUAUGUCUGUGGAUUACCCCGAUCCAGAAACAACUGUGGCCCACUCCUCGGUAGCAACCACAAUCCUUACAAAGAGCACGCCUUCUGCCACCUCUCCCUCCUCGCCCGCGGAGCAGAGCCUGCGGACCGCGACGGCAUCGCCCUACACCGAAAUCCAGGAGGAGAAGCUGCCCGGCGCCCCACUGCGCUCUGCCGAGCUGAGGCCGAGCCAGACUCACCUCUUCAGCCACCUUCCGCUGCAUUCUCAGCAGCAGGCCAAGGCGCCCUACGGCAUGGUGCCGGUAGGGGGGCUUCAAGUGGUCCCUGCCGGCCUGGCCACCUACUCCACCUUCGUGCCCAUUCAAGCUGGCCCGGUGCAACUCACCAUUCCCGCCGUCGGCGUCAUCCACAGAACUACGAGCGGCCUCGGCGAGGUGGGUUGCACCGCCUCGGCUGCCGCCACGAAUCCCAUUGGGGUUGCCGAAGUGAACAGCGUGGUGCCAUGUAUUCCUAUUGGCCAGAUCAACGUGCCAGGCAUCCAGGGUCUCAGCACACCCAGCUUGCAGCCUCUCCCACCCUUGGGCAUGGAGACGGUGAACAUCUUAGGCCUGACAAACACGAACAUAGCCCCACAGAUGCGCCCUCCUGGAAUCACUCUGAAUGCCGUGGGCCUCCAGGUCCUGACUGCCAGCGCUACCCCCCAGGGCAAGCCCAGCCCUCAGGCUCACAUCCCAGGCCUGCAGAUACUGAACAUUGCCUUGCCCACCCUCAUCCCCUCCAUCAGCCCGGUCAGCGCGGAUGGGCAAGGAGCCUCCGAACCACCAGCUUCAGGCAGCAAAGCUGGUGACGUCCAGCAAGAGCCAGCUCCUGCCAGCUUCCCUGACGUGGGCCACGCGGCCGGGGCUGCUUCUCCUCAGGUGGUUGCCGGUGGCCAGCGGUACAGCGUGAAGAGCCUUGCGGAGCCUGCCCCCACGAGCGACUAUGAAAGACUCGAUGGGCAGGGGAAAGGUGAUGCUGAAAAGACUGACCUCGCCAACCUCAGUAAGCCAAAGUGCGACGUCUCUUCGGUUCAGGUCAAAAGGGCUUCCCCGGUACAGCCCCGCUCAAAGGUGAAUUCUGACGUUUUAACCAAGUCCCCGGUCCAUCGAACUGUCUCUCCGGAUAGACAGGUACACAGGCCAGCAGCAUUGCCCCGGAGGCAAAAUACGGUGCAGUUUAGUGAUGGCAGCAGUGACGAUGAGGAUAGACUCAUAAUAGCAACCUAGUUUUUGUUUUCCAUUGUGUUUAUUUUUUUAUAACACUUACAGGUUUCUUUGCAAACCUUCCUUUCCUUAAAGCACAUUUUUCUGACACAAACCCAUUACUAAUCUUUGUGCAAUCAUGAACUCUUGACCAAUAAUUGUUGUUUCUUGUCAGCUCCAGCCAUUUUUGUACAUGUUGUAUAGACGAUUGUGCCUUUUUGGAGUUUUAUGUUUAGAAACCUGUACAGAUUGUUGAAUAUAUAUAUAUAAAAUAUAUAUAUAUAAAAUAUGUAUAUUAAACCCAGGUAGUUGCUUGUGUUUAGUAAGUAAACAUCUUAUGUCAGAUAAAUAAAUGAUUAAAUUAUAUGUUGCACUGUUAAAUGUAAAUUUUUAUGGCUGUGGGACAAAGUUUCUGUGUACAGAUCUAGUAUGUAAAACUCCAUAUUUAUUGUAUCCAUAUUAGUCUUGGAAAAGGGUCUGUCCAUCUUUCUUGUGUAAGACGGUAGCUUUACACUUCAAAGAGAAAUACAGUAUCUGUGUUAUGAAAUAUUACAGUAAAAUUUUGUUUACUGACUUUA